AUGAAGAAGAAAUCUUCUAAAUACAAUGCUCGCCCACUAUGUACUUCAGAUAUAGUCUCUAUUCCAUUAAAAGAACAAUACCCAAUUCACGCUGCCACUAGAGUCGCCACAGCCUACUCUUUUACGAAUGAACCACCUAAACGAACCAAGACUUACAAUCAACCCAGCCUUCAUCAUAGCAAAUCUCAAUCAAGCAUAAAUCGAAACAAAGUCGCCCUUUCUUUGUCUUCUUCUUCUUCCACUUCUUCCUCAGGCUCAACUGUGAUCCCUACUCCUUCACAUUCAACACCAUCCAUCAAGCAGUACAAGAAGCGACCUUUGAGUUCAGAAAUUAUUUUAAGAAUUAUGGAUCAGCGUCUGCUGCAAUAUCAACAUCAGAAGCAACUCGAGGCAGCCUCGUCCGCCGCACAAUUGAAGAGAUCCUCUUCUCUAUGCCUCGGUUUACAGCAACCGCGUGCCAACAAAAUGACGUCAAAGCCAAUUGCACGACGAGCAAGCACGCGACAGCUACAAGAGACUAUACUCAAAAAGCCCAGCAAACACACAUUACCUAAGCUCUACAGUCAGCAACAAACAGCAUUGAUCACAGAAUGGCCCUACGUAUUGACUGAAGACAAUGCCGAGCAGGAUCGUAUGGUGUCACAACAUUACUUACUACGUACGGCCUUUGGUUCCGACUUUUGCGCGCCUACUCGGCCUCAACUUGAGAAGGGUAUCAUCGUAUUAGAUAUUGGCUGUGGAUCUGGUACCUGGACUAUGGAAAUGAGUACUGCCUUUCCUAAAUCAACUUUUAUUGGCAUCGACAAAAACGCCUACUUCCCCAAGGACAUCAAGCCACGGAAUUGCCAUUUCCGUACAUGUGAUACACUUCAUCCACAGCAGUUGUCUCUGCCAUUCCCGGACAACAGUAUCGACUACAUCUUCCAGAGGGACCUGAACUGGGGCUUGAACGCUCAGAUGUGGCAACCACUAUUACAAGAAUACUUUCGUAUAUUGAAACCAGGAGGAUGGAUUGAAUUUGUUGAAUCUGAUCUCGAAACUCAAAGUAGCUCGGAAAAGGAAUGCCAUUUGAAUGAUAAACUAAUCUCGGGAUUAUGCAUGCGACAACAAGAUCCUUACGCCGUCCAUAGGUUACCGACCAUGCUUUCAAUCAAUGGCUUUCAUCAAGUAGACACCAUCACACAGUCCUUUCCGCUUGGCUGGGGAAUGUCUCACGCUGGUACUUCAGAUAGAUCAGAAAUAUCUACUCUGGCGGAUAGUGCUUCCACUGUCGAACAGAAAGAAGAAGGUUCUAAAUGCUCAGAAUUUGCUCGCGCUAUGUCAAGUCAAUACCUCGACUUGUUGAAAUCCUUACGUCCUUGGCUCUCUCUCGUCAUGAACCUCAACCAUGAAAAGUAUGACAACUAUAUUGCUGGCUUGCCAGCAGAGUGGUCUCGUGCAAAAACUUUUGUAAACUGGCACUGUGUCAUUGCCCAAAAACCCAAUUAUACAUAA